UUUGUCAGUGAAAAGUGUACAUACAGUUAUCACACGGUGCAGGUGCAGAUUGGCGGAUGACGUCAGAAGGUGGCGGUAAUGAGCAACAACACGACGAGCGACGAAACCACCAACGAAGAAGACGUCAACGGCUGCUGCACGCUCGGUCGUGUUUGAACUACACUAAUGGAAACGCACUUGGUUGGAAAGUAGUGGAAAUAUAGAAAUAUCACCAGCAGCGAAGGGUUGGAUCUGUACAUAGAGAGAAAUCAACUUUAAGACUCCUUCAUGGCUGCUCCAACACUUCAACAGCCCAGCUUCCUUCUGGCCAAUCUUAAAACUGAUUCAACCACCAAACCGCUCCUCCAACGAUGCCAAGAUCUGGUGAAGAUUAUCGAAGAGUAUCCUGCAAAGGAGCUGCACUUGAUCUUCCCCUGGCUGGUGGAGUGUGUGUUUGGCAGUCUGGACGGCAUCAUCGCUGGCUGGAACCUGCGGCUUCUUCAUCCACGGAACCAUGAGUACAACAUCGUAAUGGAGUUUCUGAACCCGAGCGGGCCAAUGAUGAAGCUUGUGUAUAAACUACAAGCAGAAGAGUAUAAAUAUGAAGUACCCGUCAAUUAUCUCCCGGGUCCUGUGAAGGCCUGCAUCCAGGAGGGAGUCCUCCCAGACUGCCCCCUUUUCCACAACAAGCUGCAGUUCCCCCUGUCUGGUCUGCUGUCGCUGAACCUUGCUCUCAAUCCUUUUGAAUUCUUCAUGUUCAACUUUGCCUACUGUCUCAUCACGCCAAAGAUCUACCCUCAGGGUUAUCAUGGGAGCUCCACUGACAGCGCCUACUUUGUGCUUGUGGACACCUACCUCAAAUACUUCCUCCCCAGUGAAGGAAAUGUUCCCCCGUCCCCUUUCUUGGACUCCAGAGGAUCAGUCACUGCACCUUCUCCAAGGUCCUCCAGUGUUUCUUUUGCUGGUUAUGGCGUCCACAGUCCCAGUCUCCUCAAGCAUCACAUAUUCCAUCAGCCGUCAGUCAACGCAGACCCCUCGGCCCAGGAGAUCUGGAGGUCUGAAACACUCUUACAGAUGUUUGUGGAGAUCUGGCUCCAUCACUACUCCCUGGAAAUGUACCAGAAGCUGCAGUCUCCUCAAGUAAAGCUGGCGCUGCUGCAGUACCGCCUCAGUAUGUCCAGCAUGCCGUGCCAACCCCACGCCCCACCAGGCUCUGGGACCCUCCACACCUACCAAGUACUUUUACCUUUUCAUUCACCCCCGCCCCUCUGGGGCCUCCUGGAGGAACCCUUCAGCCCGACAGAGGAGCACGUGCUGGUGGUGCGUCUCCUGGUCAAACACCUGCACGCCUUCUCCAACAGCCUGAAGCCCGAGCAGCUGUCGUCCUCGCCCUCGGCCCACUCGCACACGCACACCAGCCCGCUGGAGGAGUUCAAGAGAGUGGUGGUGCAGCGGUUCGUACAGCAGAAACUCUACCUGUUCCUCCAGCACUGCUUCGGACACUGGCCUCUUGAUGCAUCUUUCAGAGCGGUGUUGGAGACGUGGCUGAGCUACAUCCAACCCUGGAGAUACACAGGAGAGAAGACGAAUCCUCAGGUGGACCAAUCCAGAACUGUGCCUGACAAAUGGGAGUCGUUUGUUCAGGAGAACCUGCUCAUGUACACGAAGCUCUUCCAGGUGUUUCUGAACAGAACGGUGAGGACGGACCUCGUUAACGCCAAAAACGCUCUGAUGGUCUUCAGGGUGGCCAAAGUGUUCGCUCAGCCCAACCUGGCCGAGAUGAUCCAGAAAGGAGAACAGCUGUUUCUGGAGCCAGAGCACGUCCUCCACCAUCGACAACCACGCGGCUACCUGACGCCGAGCCAAGGAGGCAGCUUCCUGUCGUCACGGCAACGAGUGAUGACAGAUGUGGUGUUCAGGGUGAAGAGCCAUGUGUAUGCGUUGGAGGGACAGGACUGCCAGUACAAGCAGAUGUUUGGCACUGAGCUCAGGGGAGCAGUCAUGAAGUUGAUACAAAUAAUCGCACAGGCCAGACAAACAGCCAAGAGGAUUUCAGAUCACUCCAACGAGAUGGCGUCCAACAACUCUUUCCUGUCCUGGUUCGGGAUGGGCCCUGCUGACCACAACAACAUGUUCACCGGGGCCGAGCCCGAGGAGAGCGGGGAAUGUCUGAAAAAGACCCACGAGUUCCUGGAAAGAGCUCUCGAGAACCUGUGUCAAAUCUUCAAGCUGAACCAGGGGCAGCUGUCUCAGCUCAUAUCCAACCUGAGCUCCUCACAAGACGACGGAAACUCCAAGCAGCUUCCAGACUGCAUCCAGGGCGAGAACGGACUCAUUCUGACCGACCUGGGCCGGAUGCAGAUCAUAAGCGGACUGCGCAGGUUCGACCUUCACUAUCAAGGAGACCCGGAGCUCCAGCCCAUUAGGAGCUACGAGAACGCCCUGCUGGUCAGGCUCUUCUACAAGAUCUCCUCUCUGGUGAAUGAGAGGUUUGGAGGACACAUGGACGCGCUCUGCUCCCGUCCGGACUUCCUGGGUCGGCUGGGUCGUCACUACUUGGCUGAACAGGAUUCGUCAGUGAAACUGAAGCACAGCCCGAUGUCCCGGCGGACGUUGGAGAGGAACAGACAGCCGAGGCUGAGUCUGCGCUCGCUGGCAAGCUACAGGACGAUCCUGCUGCUGCUGCUCUGCUACGUGGUGGGAGCGCUCCUGUCCUUUGGCCCCAUAUCCAGCACCCUGAUCAUCCUCACGGGGGGGUUCCUGUUCGGACUCUUUAUGACGCUGUUUGGAGACAAACUGAAAACGCACUAACUGAGCUGCAGGGUUCUUACAUGUCUGGAAAAAUACACAAAACCAAUUUCAUUCAUGCUCACUCAGUGCUUUUACUUUUUUAAGGCUUUUUUUUUCUUGAUAAACUCACAGAGGUCACAUCCACUCUUACAAAACCUUUAAGUGGUGUCAUCCGAACCUUCCAAAUAUUUCAAGUAAUAUCAUCUUAAAAGGCCAAUAUGGAUGUUCACACAGGUCACCAUGUGGUGGACUCUGAAGCUUCAGUGUUUAUCCAGCUCUGCAUGGGUCUGUAAACCUUUCUGUG